AUGGUGGUGGAGGAGGUUGUAAUGGUUACAACAAAGGAGGAAAUUUUGGUGGUGGAGACAGUGACCUUUGAGGAUGUAGCUGUGAACUUCACCUCAGCAGAGUGGGAUUUGCUGAAUCCAGCGCAAAAGAAGCUCUACAGAGAUGUGAUGUGGGAAACACUUAUGAAUAUUAAAGGUCUAGGAAGAACAUUGGCUACAAAACGAAUGGGAGAAGUGGACAAAAACUGCUCAGGAAAUCUAAGAUAUGAUACAGAGAAUUCUUUCAGAUUUGAAGAGAAGCUAUAUAAAUGUAAGGAAGAUGGAAAAACCUGCAGAGAUUUCCAGUCCAUUCAGAAGCCUAACAAGAGAAAGACUGGAGAGAAUCCCUUUCAGAAUGGACAGUGUAAAGACACCAACUCUGCUCUUAGUGAACAAACUCUAGGUAUUGUAGGUAUGAAUAGUGGGAAAGCCUCCACAACAACCAGAAGACGUGCUGAAGAAAAGCCCCAUGUAACUAAGAAAUGUGUAAAAGAAUUAGCAGUUAGUAACUCCUUUUCAAAAUGUAGAAAAAAACAGACUGGGAAAGUAUCUGAUGUAUAUAAGCAAGGCAGAAAUGAAUUUCCUAAUGGAAAUGCUAACCUUCAGAAUAGUGUCACCAUUGUAGCCAAAGCCUACGCAUUCAAUGUGGAAAAGUAUUCAGUGUACAUGGAAAUUGUCAAUUACAUGAAAGACUAUUUUGAGCAGCUGACAGCUUUCAUCUUCUGA